CGUUCGGGGUGUUGUGUCAGUGAGAUUUUAUUUGUGGAGUGAAGCGGUUUUUAUUUCUUUUAUACUGAGCAAGAUAUUUCACUGUUUUUCACCUCACCUUUCUCACGGCAAUACCUCACUGUGUGUUCAUCGAGUGGCAUAUUCGUGAAAAGCAUGUCAUCCGGACGACCGAUCAAGUGUGUUGUUGUCGGCGAUGGAACCGUUGGGAAGACCUGCAUGCUCAUCUCAUACACCACGGACAGCUUUCCGGGCGAAUAUGUUCCCACCGUCUUCGACAACUACUCAGCGCCAAUGGUGGUGGACGGGAUUCAGGUGUCACUGGGCCUGUGGGACACGGCGGGCCAGGAGGACUACGACCGGCUGCGGCCGCUGUCCUACCCGCAGACCGACGUGUUUCUGAUAUGCUUCAGCGUUGCCAGUCCCUCCUCCUUCGAGAACGUCACGUCCAAGUGGUAUCCGGAAAUCAAGCAUCACUGCCCAGAUGCGCCCAUGAUCCUCGUGGGGACCAAAAUCGACCUGCGGGACGACCGGGAGACGCUCACGUGCCUGGCUGAGCAGGGAUUGUCGCCGCUGAAGCGGGAACAGGGCCAGAAGCUGGCCAACAAAGUGAGGGCCGUCAAGUACAUGGAGUGCUCUGCACUCACUCAGCGAGGCCUCAAACAGGUAUUCGAUGAGGCGGUUCGAGCUGUUCUAAGGCCGGAGCCACUGAAGCGACGCCAACGAAAAUGUGUUGUUAUGUAAAAAGCCAGAGUAAGAGAGAGAGGAACAUUAAGAUGAAAUUUAAUCCAAAUUUACAUGAGAAGCAACUCAACUUCGCCAGAGCUCCCCAAGAAGCGCAUUUUACAAUUGAAUUGCGACCGUCACUGUGUCAAUUUUAGUUCCAUCUUGGGCAUCUCUAGACUAUAGCAACGAUAUCAACAGUUUUAUUGUACGACCUAUAACUUUUUCCACCUUCUGAAGCAGUGAAAGAGUGCCAUAAAAUUUUGAAGGAUGUAUUUUAGGCAUGACAAUUAAGGGAGAGUUAUUUUUAGAUUGAUUCUGAAACUUUUUUCAAAGUAAUUUGAAUCUCAUAAUCAUUUUUUUUUUAAAUCUUAGUGAAGAAAAAGAACUGAUUGACAAUUUAACAAAGAUGUUAAGGAAAAAAAAUACUGUUUUCUUCGUGACUAAUUUAUUAAUACUCUUACUGUAGGAUAUCCAAACAUUUUAUAUCAAUUAUUAAAAAAAAAAUGAAAAUGCAUAAUCCCUCUUUGCAGCUUUUUUCCUAUGGCAACUGUAGUUGAGAUUACCCUUUUCUAAUGGAUAGGAAAACUCUAAUACGUUUUGCAUUUAUGAAGACUAACCAUUUUUUAUUGAGGUAUUUUUAGCUCAAACGAUAUUCACUGUGUUCUAUGCAGUUGAAGCAAUUUUGAAUACGAUCAAGAGCUUAUUCGAAGUAGAAUUGUAUAAUAAAGUAAAAUAAAAUAAAGGCCAGUAAAAUUUUAAUUGAAAGGACAAAGGAAAUUGUGAAAUAUCUUAUUUGAUCUCUAUUGCUCAGGAUUAUGAGCUGAAACUGUAGAGCAUAACAGUGAAUAUCGUUAAGAUUUCCUUGGUGCGAAGACUGAGUUGAGCAGCCAUAAUAACUUCUAACAUGUAAAAGAAAUUGACAAAAAAAACUUUAUAAAUGAAGAAAAAUAAUAUAGACGUAGAAAAUGUAUGGAAGAUAAUUUGAGAAAUAACCAAAAUUUUAUCUGAAAGAUUUUACUGUAAAGCAAACUAUAUUGGAGAGAAUAUUUGGUGGGAAAAAAAUCGACAUGCAAAAGUAACUGAAAAAAAACUGUAUACAAUUAUUAUUGUCUCUCUUGGUUUCUUUUCUUACUCGCGAUAAGAGGAUGAAAAAAAUGACGAAAAACUACCAAAGCACCUAUAUUUUUAGUGAAGAACAAAAGAAGCACAGAAAUAAUCAAAUGAAUCUCUUUAUACGGACACUUUUUUGAUGCCAUGUAUUUUUAUUGAAUGUAACAUUUCUUACUCCUUCCCCUCCCCCCAAUAGUCUAGUCACAGUAUAAAGUCUAAAAGAGUAAACAUAUAGAUUAUUUUUCUUGCAAGAGAAGCAUCUUUACGGAAAUAUUUUAGAAACAGAGAGAGAGAGAGAGAGAGAGAGAG